CCUCCGAGGGCUCAGCUUCUACCUUGUUGGGGUUUCUGCAUGUGGGGACUGGGCCAGGAAGAACUGGGGGGCACCUGCUCAGCUCGACACAAGGGGAAGGGACCCCCCAGUGGGGCAGGCAGCCCCCAAGCAUCUCCUUGGGGUGGUGCGGUUCGUGCCAUCAUGUCCUUGAACUGUCUGCCCCGGAAAUGGUCCCUGGCGCUGGGACCAGUCUGCUUGUUGCUUUUCCUGGGGGUGGCGCUCUUGCUGCUGCAUAGGGCAAGAGAAUGGGCUCAAAUACAAGAGCAGAAGGAAUGCCAGGAACUGAUUUGGCUGCUGGAAUCUAAGAACCUCUUCUUCGGAAACUUCCAGUACCGCAAGACGUCCAGGAAUCAGAAAAGGAUCCGUGCCGUCAAGAAGUGGGAUAUCUGGACUGAGGACAAAAAUAUCUUGGAGCACGUGUUGCUCACGGAGGAAUGCCAGUGGGACCCGGAUGCGGCAGUUGUGGCCCAGUACAGGGCAGAACUGGGGCAAUGUUGCAACGCUUCCUCCUUGCUCAUCCUGACCAAGGAAAACACCCCUCUGGGGUCAAACAUCGUCUUUGGGAAGGACGGACGAAAAGUACCCGUGAGACCUGAGCUGGUGGACCUGCUCCCUGAGAGAUCCACUUUCUCAGAAGUUCAGUACGAGCAUUGUGCUGUGGUGGGCAAUGGCGGGAUCCUGCAGAGAAGCCGUUGCGGGAAAGAGAUUGACCAGGCAGACUUCGUAAUCAGGUUCAGUUUGCCUCCUGCCAGGAAUUCCUCGGAAGAUGUGGGGUCCAAGACGAGUCUGGUGGCCUUGAACCUCAGCAGCCUGGACUCUAAGUACCAGGGCUCCCAGCGGAAGCGUCUUGCGGAUGCCCUGCACCCCUACCGGGACACCCUCCUCCUCCUCCUCCCCACCCUCCAAAGCCGCGCCAGGAAGCCCCCUCUGCACCCGCUGGAGGACUCGGACGUGCUGCAGGGGGCCUCCUUCUUGAACCCCCAGUACUUGGAUGCCCUGGGGAGCUACUGGACCCGCGAGGGCUUCCAGCCCGAGUGCCUCUCGCCCAACUUUGCCUUCGUCAGCCUGGCUCUGCAACUCUGCCAGCGCAUCACUCUCUACGGGUUCUGGCCCUUCGCACACAGCCUGAGCGGCCAGCCCUUCCCACGCCACUCCCAGGUGCGCGUCAGGCCCAGCGAGUUCUCCUGCUACCUGAAGAUGUACCUGCAGGGCAUCCUGAGAUUGCGGCUGGGCAAGUGUCAGUGAGGAACAGGGAAAUAUAUCUCUCUCUGGGGUAAGGAGGAGGUUGCGUUUCCACGCAGACUUCAGUUCCGGCGUGGGCAAGCCAUUUUGGAGAAGCUUUCGGUGUUGCUGGACUCCAUCUCCCAUCUUCCACCAGGAGCGCAGAGGGAUGAUGGGAGCUGGAGUCCGGUGAUACCGCUUGGGGGGACCCCACGGGCUUCUGGAGGUGGAACAGGGUUGUUUCGUACUACUGGAGUCUCCCAAAAUGGGGGAAAGGGGUCCUUUCAGAAGGUUAACGUUGUUCCCCUGCUCUUUUUCUGAGAGUAGAGUUCUGUGAACAGCCUGAACGAAGAACAGGAGGUGGACGUGUACCUCUGCACCCCAGAAAUAAGCGUCAGCCAAUGCUCUUUCAUUGACCUCCAGGACCCAGCCCCAUAACUAGCCCUUCAGUCCAGAGAACCAGCUGGUUGUCAGGGCUUGCAAAACCCCCUUUCGACGCAGCUGCGUCUUCUUUCCCUGUUCUUGGCCCUCUGCCUUUGCCACGAGUGGUCAAAAUGGUCUCAUGGGCCAAAUGAGUAGGGUUGGCUGGCUGCGGGGCCACGCAAACAGAGGUUUCCCCAUCCCCGGAUAAGGGAGGUCGUUGGUGCAUUCCUGGAGGGGACAGUCUCCAAGCCGCGCAAAUGGAGGUACAAGGA